UAUAUAUAAUCUUUAUAUAUAAUUUUAUUUGAUAAAAUAAUAAAAAAAGACAUAAAAUAUAUAUAUUAUUAAAUUUUUAGAGAAAAAUUUAGAAAACGAUAAAAUUAAAAUAUAAAGGAAAACGGCUACUUGAAGUUGACUGCGAAUAGUUGGUACUCGAUUUAAGCGCCGUUUUGAUAGUAGUGGGGAUAGAAGGGAGGUGUGGUAACGGUUAGGAGUCUCAUCCAACCACGAGAGGAGCUAGUAGCGUUUGCCUGGCAGUAUGAGGCGGCGUGGGGCUAGGGACGAUGCAUGGGCUGCGACUAGGAGGCACUUGGGAGGUAGGGAGGGCAUGCGAGCGGAGCACAGUUCAGUAGUCGCCAUUGCAAGUCUCCCCGUGUUCUCGUAUUCGUGACACUCGGACGCGUGGAGCCGAUUUUCCGCUAACCUAAUCUCCCUGCGAGGGCCCUAAGUGUGCCCCCCCGAUGCAGAGAUAUUGCACCGAGCUCACCGAAAGAUUGUUGAAAUCUCUUGAUAAGGAAUACAAUGUAAGUAGCGGAAUGAAUCCGCGAUGCGCCGUCCGUCCGUUCACGCAAACGGCUAUCGGGCCACUCUCGAUCCCCCGUGCGCCGUGUGCCUGUACCAGUGGCGUGCGCGAGAGUCACUAAGAAUGUAGUGUAGCGGCGGCUCCGCGUGUGAGUCAUCGACAUGGGUGCUGUUGUGGAUGUCGUUACGGCCCUGGAAAAGACGGCGAUCACUAAAGAAGUGCUUGAGGUUACAAGACUUGGAAAAUAUAUUAAUGAACUUCGACGUAAAACAAGCAAUGAUGCUUUGGCAAAACGAGCAAAGGAUUUGGUGCGUCGAUGGCGUGAUAUGGUUUUACCUUCUGCUCAUUCUACUCCACAACCUACACCAGCAGAUACAGCACCACCUGCUCUUAAUGGAGCAAAACCACAUAGUCCUGCAUUAAGAUGUUUUAAACCACAAAGUCCAGCAUUAAGAGGUCUGAUACCACCUCAGAGUCCAUUAUUAAGGGAUAGUACUCCACUUAGAGUACUUAGUCCAGUUCUAUCUGUGCAUAGUGAUCAUUCACAUUCUCCUAAUGCAUCAUCAAAUAAACAGUCAAUUACAGUAACCAGCAAUCACAGAACAAGUUCUGAUGUGCCACCUAUGCUUGGUUCUUCAAGCCAACAUCAUUCGACAGAAGCAGUGCCACGAACUCACAGUUCAAACAAACGUCUCCGAAAAGAUGAUCUUAAGGACCAACAUAAUUAUCAACACCAUGAUUCAGACUCAAUCACCGAAAGUGAACCCUUUGUUAAAAAACAACGUCUAAAUGGCGAAAAUAUAAGUGGUAAUUUAAAUAUGCAAGUGCCUAGCCCCAUAUUUAAAGAAAGAAUCUCUGAUCAGUUUACGGAGUCUUCCACAGAUCCUGAUAAUUCAGGGCCAAAGAAACGUGGUAGAAAAAAAGGCAGUAAAUCUAUAAAGAAACAACCAAUUUUAGAAGAUCGUGUAAAAGAAAAACUAGCUAGUAUCUCAAGGAAUCCUAAAUUAAAAACAACUCAAGAAUUGCUGGCUGAUCUACGGGCACGCGGCACCAAUUCUAGCAUUAAUUCAAGUGCUCUACCUAGUCAAAGUGUAGAAUCAUCCAGCAUGGAAGAAGUUCUGAGAAGUAGCAACGAACAAGUAUCAAAGUUCCUUCGUUGUCCUCAGAAUAAUUUGUCCCAUAGAAAUACAGUUUCUGAAGUCUCAGCAGAAAGUCGGUUAAAACCAACAGAAAACUGUCAUGAUGUACCAUCUAAGUGUGACGAAUCAGGUGUAGUGUUCAAAGAAAAAUCAGUUACAAAUGUUCAAAAAAAUCAACCAGAACAGUGUCAAGAUCUCACAGUUGAAGAAAUAUUGGCUAAGUUACCACCUAUAGAUCCAAAUUCAAUAGAUUGGAGUGAGUGUGAAAUUGAAUCAACUGAAGAUCAAAAUAGUUCUGAAUAUCCACCUAGACAAGUUACUGCAGAGGACAUAGAAAGGUUACAUACACAGUGUGUAGAAGGACUGAAUGGAAAUUUCCAACCAAAACUAUCAUCUUUAACUUCGUCUUUAAAUGAGAAAUCAGAUGUAAAAGAAGAUGUGACAGAUAUCAAUGGUGUAAACAAUGUGUAUAGCCAACCUGAUGAAGAGUUUCGAGAAUGGCAUCAGAUGCUAGCAAGGCCCAGUUACAAUGGCCAGAUCCUCCACAUAUUGCCUUAUGUUAUUAUUGAUUAGUAAUUUUAUUAUCUUAUUCUACUAUUAUCCUGAAACUUGUGAAGAAUCCCUGCAAAUAUUAAAGAGAUUGAUCAAUGAUCAGUCUAUUAAAUCGAUUUCUAUUGCAAUUUAUGAUUGCUCUUUAUUUCUACAAGUGCUCAUGUUACUAUCACCCUUAUUAUCAUUAUUGAUUUCCCCAUUAUUAUUCAAAUUGUCAUUUUGAAAAUGUAAAACAAUCACAUAUAUAUAUAUAUAUACGUAACUGGCAAUCAUUUUUAACAUAACUAUUAUUCUCAAUGAAAUUCAUAAUAAUCAUUAACUUCACUUACAUAAAGAUUCAUUUACUAUUAUUAUCAAUGUUAUCAGUGUCGUUAUCUUCAUCAUCAUCCUUAUCGUUAUCAUCUUCAUAAAAAAAUUAAAUCGUAAAAUUAUCAUUAUUAUUAUUGUUAUUGUUAUCAUUAUUAUCAUUAUUAUUAUCAUCAUCAUCAUCAUCAUCAUCAUCAUCAUCAUCAUCAUCAUCAUCAUCAUCAUUAUUGAUGUUCUAUGAAAGCAUUUCUUACAUAGACCAGAAAUAUAAAAAAGAUGUUUAAAAAAUCAAAAAACAUAAUGUGGGAUCUCUGAUGUAACAUUUAGCUUCAAUGCCUGUGACAAUGUAUUUGAGUCCAAAAGGUACUUUUUGAAUGCUUCUCUUUUAUCACAAAACUAAUCUAUUACUAUCAUCACCAUUAUUAUUAGCAUUAUCAUCGCUUAAAUAAUAUAUUAAACAAAUACUAGCAAAAAUCAGUUUUAGAUUAUGAAAGAAACAAUAUUAGUAUGUUAUUAAAUAGUUUUAAAUGAAAGCACUUAAAAUUUGCAAAUAAGUUUUUUUAAACUUAUUAUGAUUAAAUUUUUUAUGGAUGUUCCAAUUAAGAAUGAUAUAAAUGAAAAAAUUUUUCUUUGAUAAAAACUUGUAUAGGUCUUUGUGUAUCAAACAAUAUAAUAUAAUUG